UCCAGUGAAGACUUCUGGUACUGAGGAUAAGUCGAAGACAUCAGAGCUAAAGGCGGCUAGUCUUUUGAAGGGAACGCCGUCUUCUUCCUCUUCUUCUUCUUCUCCUUCUCCUCCUGCCGGAUCCUCCCGCGGCUUCAUGCUCCCUCCCAGCGGGGACGUCUGAGUGCGUGGGCCGGGCUGCUGCUCCACGCGUGGAGGGGGAAGAUGCCUUCUUUUUCACGGAGGGUUUGCCCUGCCCUUGUGUUUCUCCUGUUCCAUUCCACCGUGGCCGCAGAAGAGCCUUCGCCACUGGACAACUGGCAUGAUUUCUGGCUCUUCCGCUUCCUGGUCAACGCGCUGGGAUACUCCACCAUCAUCAUCCCCGGCUACCUCCUCAUUAGCUACUUCAAACGAACCAACUACAUAGAAAAAGGUACCGGACUUUGCUAUCCUGUCAUAAAGGCCUGCGUGUACGGCAGCGAGGCCAACGGCGGGUUGUUGGAUGACGUGUCGGUUGGAAGCAGGAAUGAUGCGGAUUCGGGAUCGUCGGUCAGACAGGCUGUCAAGUUGAUCUUUUGUGCUGCAGGACUUCAGGUGUCGUACCUGACGUGGGGAGUCCUGCAGGAGAGGGUGAUGACUCGCUCCUACGGAGCCACGACCCCGACGGAGGAGGGCGAGCGCUUCAAGGACUCUCAGUUCUUGGUCUUCAUGAACCGCAUCCUCGCCCUCACCGUGUCGGGCCUCUGGUGCCUCCUCUUCAAGCAACCCCGCCACGGGGCGCCCAUGUACAAGUACUCCUUCGCCUCGCUCUCCAACAUCAUGAGCAGCUGGUGCCAGUACGAGGCCCUCAAGUUCAUCAGCUUCCCCACUCAGGUCCUGGCCAAGGCCUCCAAAGUCAUUCCCGUCAUGCUCAUGGGCAAGAUCGUGUCCCGCAAAAGCUACGAGUACUGGGAGUACUUGACCGCCGUGCUCAUCUCCGUCGGCGUCAGCAUGUUCCUGCUCUCCAGCACCACCAGCAAGCACCCCUCCAACGUCACCACCUUCAGCGGGGUCGUCAUCCUCGUCGGCUACAUCGUCUUCGACAGCUUCACCUCCAACUGGCAGGACAACCUGUUCAAGUACAAGAUGUCGUCGGUGCAGAUGAUGUUCGGGGUGAACCUGUUCUCCUGCCUCUUCACCAUCGGCUCGCUGCUCGAGCAGGGGGCCUUCUUCGACUCGCUCGCCUUCAUGACGCGCCACUCCGAGUUCGCCCUCCACGCCGUGCUGCUGUCCGUGUGCUCGGCGUGCGGCCAGCUCUUCAUCUUCUACACAAUCAACCAGUUCGGCGCCGCCGUCUUCACCAUCAUCAUGACCCUGCGCCAGGCCAUCGCCAUCCUCCUCUCUUGUUUCCUUUACGGCCACGCCGUCACCAUGGUGGGCGGCUUCGGCGUGGCGGUGGUUUUCCUGGCGCUUUUCCUACGGGUGUACGCGCGAAGCCGCAUGAAGGCAGGCCGGCGGUCGCAGCCGCUCACGCAGAAGGUGUAACUCUCCAAAGCCGCACCAAACUCGGAACUAAGACCACGUUUUCUGUGGUGCUAUUUGUCUAUUUGUGUCUUUUCUUUUUUUUUCUUACUGUUCUUUUCCAUUUUGUUUUUUUUUUUGUUUUUUUGUUAGCAACGGUACAGAAAGGGAUUCUGCAGUUUUGACUCUUACACAAAGAUGCCCCCAAGGGGUCCAUGUGAUUUGUCACAGAAGUUUUUGAGUGCCUGUAAGAUUGUCUGAUACACGAGUCCCAAACUGCAAACUGCCUCUUUAGCUCAAUCAUGGUUUAACAGUAGAGUAUUUUUCAUUGUGAAAAAAAUGUAUGUGAGAGAGAAGGAUUUAUUUUAAUUAUUUGUCCCUUAUUUAACUUUAUCGAAGUUGUUCGAACUAGAUGGUCACCUCUUGUUACUACACUUAAUAUCUGUUGGGUUAUAAUCCAGUAGCUUUUGUCUUUACGAUGGAGAGCCGGGGCCUCUAUGUGUCUUAAUGUGGGGUUUUAUCUUUUAAAGCUGAUAACAUAGUCAAACACAUGGUACAUACGUUCCUGUUUUUUUGUUUUUUUAUUUUAUUUUAUUUAAGAUAUAUUAACAUGGUCCAGAGGCUACCAUCAAUAUAGCAGGUGGCUAGUAAAAAAAGAAAAGAGAAACACAGAACCUGAUGCUGCUGUGAAGAAAAAUGCAUUAUUUUAAGAUAUUUUUUCACUUUUAAACAUUUUUGGGCUUAAAAGACAACACACAAAAAAAAUGUAAAUAUAUCUCAUAGAUUUUCACUUUUUAUUUCCAGUCUGCUCGUUUGUUGCUUUUUGUAAAAAAGUUUCAUGUGAAUGUUUGAUAGAACACUGAAUGGAUGAUUCAUCGCUGUCAUGAGGACGUGAAGAUCCUGUCGGCCCAGGGGGCAGUUUGCAGAAAAAAAAACAGAAUGCGUACAAGGGAAAUGCAAUGUUACCGGUACCUUGUUUGUAUCAUUCUACUAUUUCCUCUGGUAACUGGAUUAAUAAUAAAACAUAUUAAAUUAACUUAACACGA